AUGGGAUUUGUUGGCUACACUGGGGCUGAUAAGAUGGCAGGUACCAAGAAGGAAGUGCCAACUCAGAUGAAACUGCGCUAUGCAAUCUCGCUGACCCGAGACUCCCAGGGCAUUUACAGUUUGGCCAUAUCUCCCGAUGGACAGGAGUUAAUUGUGGGAUUUGGAAAUGGAGCCAUUCAGGCUGUGAACCCUGUGAGUGGGACCCCUCUGCGGGACGUAUUCAGCGGAGGGGUCUCCCGCCAGGCCACCACCUGCCUGUGCUUCCACCCGAAGGACCCCACCCACCUGAUCUCGGUCGGAGCGGAAGGUAUCGUGGCAGUGUACGACACCAAGACGGGGAAGUGUAAGGCCACCGUGACAGAGGAAAACACCCACCUGUACACUGUGGACAUUUCAGCAGAUGGGGGCACGUAUGCCACAGCUGGCAGUAACAGAAGCAUCAAGAUAUACGACACCAGGACCAAUCAGGUGAUCAACGUCUUGGAGCCUGCAGACUUUGUGACGAGCGGGAAGGAGCUGAAACCGAUCGAUGGGCACACCCGGCGAAUCUUUGCAGUCCGGUUCCAUCCUGAGGAACGCCACAUUUUCGUAUCGGGGGGCUGGGAUGACUCCAUCAAGAUCUGGGACAAGCGGAUGUCCAACGAAGCUCGGAAAGUAAUCGCCGGCCCUCACAUCUGUGGCCCCGCGAUCGACAUCAAGAGCAGUAAAAUUCUGACUGGGUCGUGGGUGGCCAAGAACGCGCUGCAGAUCUGGGACUUUCGGAAAUCGACACCGGAAAAGAACAUUCCAUUCCGCCCGGAUAAGGAUCAUGGCGAGUUCAUCUACGCAGCUCGGUAUUGUAGCAGCGAUGUCAUUGUGGCUGGAGGUAGUGGCACCAACAGCGUACAAGCCAUCAACUUUAAAACCGAUACGAUGCUGGGGGAGAUUAAUCUGCCAAAACAUCCUGUUCAUGUCAUUACCACUAUUCACGAUGGCCAACAUAUUGCAUUCGGUGGUGGAGGAGGGAAUCUGCACAUUGCUUACCUCAAUUAG